UGGUGAUUGAAGCUUCCAGAAUAACACAAAAUACUCAUACGCAGACACAUCACUAGCUGCUACAUAAACACACGCGCGCUGAGACGUAGAGCUCAAGAACCAAAGCAGCAGAGGCUUGCAAUCCCUUCUUCCUGUUUGGUGAGGUGAUCCUGCCAGCUUCACCGGCACAGACGCUGAGAUGUAUUUGGUGAAGGACAUCAACGGUGCAAUCGGCCUGAUGGCCGUGGCUCUGGUGCUCCUGGGCACCUGGCCGGUGGUCCUCGCCGUGCUGGAGCGCCGGGGCCGGCUGCCGCAGCACACCUUCCUGGACUUCUCCAUCACCAACUUCCUCGCCGCCGUGCUGAUCGCGCUUACCUUCGGCCAGAUCGGCCCUGACACGCCGGAGACGCCCAACUUCCUAACCCAGCUCACUCAGAACAACUGGCCUUCCAUCUUGUUCGCAAUGGCGGGCGGCGUCACCCUCAGCCUCGGGACACUAGCCACGCAGUACGGCUGGGCAUUCGUCGGACUCUCGGUCACCGAGGUCAUGGCCUCAAGCCUCAAGGUUGUCAUAGGGACAACACUGAACUAUUUUCUUGACAGCCGGAUCAACAAGGCGGAGGUCCUCUUCCCCGGCGUCGGAUGCUUUCUGAUUGCAGCUAUCCUUGGGUCACUUGUCCACUCUUCCAAUGCUGCUGACAACCAGGAGAAGCUGUCUAGCUCCUUGGUGAACCAUAGCAACAACGCUAGGAGCACUGCAAAUGAAGAGCUCACCAAACACCUCCUUGAGAAAGAGGGACCAAAGGAUCUUGAAGAAGCAGAUCCUGAUGCAUUACAGGCUACGCAGACACAGGCGAAAGUCGAGGCAGGCACAGCAGAGUUCCUAGUUGAUCUAGAGGAGAAGAGGUCGAUUAAAGUGCUGGGGUCCCACGCGCUGCUAGGUCUGGGGAUCGUGGUGUUCGCGGGCGUGUUCUACGCGCUCUUCUCGCCGGCGUUCAACCUGGCCACCAACGACCAGUGGCACACGCUGCCGGACGGCGUCCCGCACCUGGUGGUGUACACGGCCUACUUCUACUUCUCCCUCGCCUGCCUCGCCGUCAGCGUGGGGCUCAACGUCUGGUUCCUCUACCGCCCCAUGGUCGGCGUGCCGCGGUCAACGCUGGCGGCCUACCUCCGCGACGGCGAGGGCAGGGGCCUCGCGCUGACGGCGGGGAUGGUGUGCGGGCUUGGGAACGCGUUCACGUUCAUGGCCGGGCAGGCGGCCGGCUACGCCGCCGCUGACUCUGUCCAGGCGCUGCCGCUGGUGAGCACGUUCUGGGGCGUGGUGCUGUUCGGGGAGUACCGGCGGUCGUCGCGGCGGACGUACACGCUGCUGGGGAGCAUGCUCCUCAUGUUCGUCGUCGCCAUGGCCGUCCUCAUGGCAUCCUCCUCACACAGGAAGCCUCUCUGACCGUCUGGACCGCCCGAUCAGAGCAAUUCAGAGUUUCAGACAACGUCUGCUUUGGAACCUCAAUUCAGACAGUCUAAGCUACCUAGAUAUACGAAUAUUUGUACUAUUUCUGAAAGCUUCGUCAUCAACGAGGCUAGAAAUGGAUGGACUGUUAGAUUACUAA